GUCUAUCCGUAUCUCGGGUGGGCACUAGGACAUCUGAACGUAGUACAAAGCUCCCUGGAACAUCAUGUCUUCGAUGGUGGAUCUGCUGCCGUUGUCGCCAACUUGGGUGCUUCUGGGAGUUUGUCUGCUGCUCUACUAUCUGCAAAUCCGGCGUGUAUCGUUAAUGUCACAAAUAAGAUACCAACGUAUAUUUUUCGUUUCUCGUAGAUACCUGACAUGGCCGUUUAACAAAUUCAAGAAGCUGGGCAUUCCCGGGCCGAAACCUGUACUGAACUUCGGCAACCUCCUCAAGUAUUCGGAGGGAUCACACGUUUUCGAUAUGGAGUGCUAUAAGAAGUAUGGGAAAGUCUGUGGAAUCUUCGAAGGCCGGCGGCCUGUACUGAUGAUCGGUGAUUUGGGGCUCAUCAAGGAAAUUACAGUGAAGCAGUUCCACAAGUUCAACAAUAGAAUGGAUUUAGGAUCCAUCUUGGAGUCGUUUGCAGGUAGCUUGUUCGUGAUCAGGGACGCUGACUGGAAGCGGGUUCGGAGCGCCAUCACGCCGACAUUGAGUUCGGGAAAACUCAAACAGAUGUCCAUGCUUGUGGAGAAGUGUGCUGACGGUCUGGUGUCCAGCCUUGUGGAGAAACAGGAAAAGGGAGUCAUGUUUGACAUGAAGGAGAAUUGUUUAUGCUUAUCAUCAUCACAAUGUAACAUGUUUUCCUUCCUUAGGAUUUCUUCCGCCUAUACCAUGGACGUGAUCUCCAGCACAGCUUUCGGUAUGGACAUCGACUCUCUCCACAACCCAGACCAUCCUUUUGUCACGCACGCAAAAGCAAUAUUCGACAUGAAUAUGCUGAAAGUGUAUGCUUAUAUCCUGGUGCCGCCUCCAUUCAACAACAUAUUCACAAUCGGGGGUUUAUCCUUCUUCCCGAAGUUUGCCACGGACUUUUUCAAGAACACCAUAGAAAAGGCCAUCAAGACUAGAGAAGGCAGUAUGGAUGAUACCGAACGAAUAGACUUUCUCCAACUACUGCUGAAGGCCCACAACAAGCACAGAGACGGGACGACAGACGAAGUAACUGGUGGUCCAGGUUUGUCCAUGAAAGAGAUCGUAGGCAACUCUUUAAUCUUCUGGCUGGUAGGUUACGACACGACGGCCAACACCAUCGCUCUCACAGCCUACAACCUCGCCUUCAACCAGGAGGCUCAGGACAGGGUCAUGGAGGAGGUCGACACAGUCGUGCAGAAUCGGGGGAAGCUGGACUACGAGGCUGGCCAUGAGCUGCGGUAUCUGGAGAUGUGUGUCAACGAAACACUGAGGAUUUAUCCUGGUGCAAAGAGGUUUGACCGAGUUUGCCGGGAGGAUGCUGACAUCAACGGUCUCCACAUUCCAGCCGGAACCAACAUCAACUUCCCCGUCUGGGCAAUCCACCAUGACCCUGAACUAUGGCCGGAACCCGACAAGUUCAGGCCAGAAAGGUUCUCUAAGGAAGAGGUGGCGGCCCGGGACCCGUUUGCCUUCCUCUCCUUCGGUGCCGGACCUAGAGGCUGUGUGGGCAUGCGUCUCGCUAUGCUGGAAAUCAAACUUGCGCUGGCCAGAGCUCUACAGAAGUUUCGUUUCGUCACCUGCGAGAAGACUGAGGUAACUUAA